CCCCAUUGUAACGAGAGGCCAUGCUUAAAUCUCUCAACCUCAAAUUACAUGCAAAGGCUAGAGAGAGAAAUGCGGGGUUUAGGGAGGAGACGGCGGGCAUCUGUUCUCUCUCUCUCUCCUCCGGAAUCCUACACCGACAGAGGGGGAACCAUUUUGCCUCCUCUUUGCAACCAGAAACUUUUUUCCCCCAAUUUCUCGGGAUUUUUUCCCCACACUUCUGGACCUUUUGGUUGAAUUCCACUGUAUCGGUCUCGUCCUUUGCCUCCAUUAUGUUACCAAAUCGGUGAUUUAGGGAAAUCCAGCUUCUUGAUCGAAGGUCUGCAGCACUGGAAAGAUCGGAUCCUGUGAUCAAUUGGCGAUCUAUCUAUUUGUUUGAACCCUGGCAUGCGAUUCAGAGCAACCUGGUAAUUGCAGCUUCUUCUGCAUUGCUAAAGUUUGCGAGGGCACUUGCUGCCUCUUGUCGCAUUGGUGAAGUUUGCCUUUGGAAGUUUCAUCUUUUGGAACCACAGAUUAGCAUGGGUGAUCAAGAUUCUAACACUGCUCGUUCUUCAUCAACAAUGUGGUGUGAUUUUAGUAUCUUUGUGCCUCACUGAUGGGAACUUCAUAGGAAAAAAAUAUAUUUCACAGCGACCUACAUGCGUAUUGGGGGUGUGUUCAGCUUCCCAUGGCUGCGCAAGCUCGUGCAAGGCCGCGGAACUUUUCGCGGCAAUUCUGGCCCGUGCUUCGCCAUGCCAUCAGCGAGUGCUGCUUGAUCAUAAUGCUCGUUGCGACCGCCGUGCUGUCAUAUAUGGCCACAAGGUUCGCACGCAUGUGCAGCCUCCGGUCACCGUGUAUGCUGUGCUCGAGAUUAGAUCGGUUUCUACAUGGCAAGGCCUGGUUCUCUGAAGAACUAGUUUGUGCUGCACACAGGCUGGAAAUAUCACGUUUGUCGUAUUGCCAGAGUCACAAGAAGCUUGAGCGCUCUGAUGAUAUGUGUGAUAGGUGUCUGCUUUCUUGCAGUACCUGUAACCUGACAAACAUCAAUGCUAGGGAUAAGGUGAAGUCUCGGUCGAGAUCUAGGCACAAACAGCUGUGCUCUUGUUGUUCUGUGCGGUUCAAGAAGAAACGGGAUUCACACAUGCUACCUGACAUAGCAAAUAACAGAUUUCCAGAUGAUGAUAUGAGCAAAUUAAAACAAAGAAGCAUAGCCAUGCCUAGUGUUGAGCAUUCUUCAGAUGAAGGCUCUGAUCACUUGCCGUAUGAAGGAUACAGAGAACUGAAGGUUGGCUACGAAUCUGAAUCUGAGGUUCACAUCUCAGGUAGUGAUGACGAUGAGAGCAAUGCAGUACCUCAUGACGCUAGAGAAAGAGCCCAUCACAUUUCAAGUCGUGAUGUGCAGCUGCAACCAAUGAUCUCCAAUGCCAUCGGCUCGUCAAUGCUUCCUUCUGAUAAUACUGUUAUGACAAAGCCACCGCUGAAUACUGCAAGAGAUACUGACAGUAAGUCUAGUGAUACCAAGGUUGCAAAAUCUUUGGAUCGUGCUAUUGGCCAUGGUUUGGAUGAUAUCAGCUGGAGUCAAAUCAAUGCAAGUGACAACAGUAUCAAUAUGCAGUCGAAGGCUGUGCCUGAACAAGUUUCAGCAGAGCUCCCAAAAGAGAAAACUUUUCUAGUUGGUAUUGAGGAAGUUGGUGAUUCUUUUGAGGGUGUUUCAGGAAGCCCUGACGUGGAAGUUGCAAAGGAUUUCGCUACUUCUGGAAAUGCUGGAACAAGCUCAAGUGCAGACACUCAUGUCAGCCGGAACAACAGCAUGAAAAAUGCUUCUGCAAGCAGAGGCUACCUUAAAUCUCCUCGUUUAUCUGAAAUAAUCUCGGCCAGGGACACCAAUUCAAAAACAAAUGAAGAAGUGAAGACAUUUCUGUCACAAUUGUCUACUGCACGAGGAUUUGAUGGCUCUUUGAAUGAGAUGACUUCUAGCCCCAGAAGUGGCAUACAGAUUGAUGAGUACCGACAAUAUGAUGCUACUGGUAUGGCACCAUUUCUUGAUAGGAACAACUCAAAUCUGGAUCCAUUUGAUGUCAAUGCAACUAGUGAAGACGAAGGUGAAAGUUCCAUGGAACGGUUGAAGCAGCAGGCUGAAAUUAACAGGAAAAAAAUGAGUAUGCUUUAUAAGGAGCUCGAGGCAGAACGAAGUGCUUCAGCGGUGGCAGCAAGCGAAGCGAUGGCUAUGAUCAACAGGUUGCAAGAGGAAAAGGCUUCGAUGCACAUGGAAGCACUGCAGUAUCUCCGGAUGAUGGAAGAGCAGGCUGAUCAUGACCAAGAAGCAAUUGAAAAGUUAAAUGACUUGCUGACAGAAAGGGAGAAAGAAUUACUUGACCUGGAAGCUGAACUUGAGGGUUACCAGAGCAAGCUUCAUGAUCAACCGUUUGAUGUUGGAAAAUUUGGUGCUACUGGUGGAGCUAUGACAUUUGGAGUCUUGGAUAGCUCAGAUUUCAUGAGGCAUACCAUCUUUGAUUUUGAAGAUGAAAAGGCAAAGAUUUUGGAGUCCUUGCAUAGAUUGGAGGAAACCCUAGGCAUGCCCUCCACAAAUAGACUUGAUAUGGGUGAUGCAAAUGAUACUCUACAGAACAGUCUAUUGAGUGAUCACUCAAUGAGCAGUAGCCAGUAUAUAGAAAAUACAGAGUUGGAAAGUUCACCAUUGCCUCGGGAGGACUUGAUUAGUGAGUCAAUUUCUUCUCAGCACAACGAUGAGGAGGAAUCUGUUAGAUACGUGCACAGUCACAGUCACAAAAAAGAUGAGAAUGAAUUUGUUGAGAAGCAAAAGAAUGUUACUUCAUGUUCCCACAUAGAUGAUACCGAUACUAUGAAAAGCAUUAAACAUGACAUUUCUCUCCUUAAUGCAAGAUUCAAGGCACUUGAAGCAGAUCAGGAUUUUCUCAAGCAAAUACUAAGUUCUCUUAAUGUUAGCAGUGAUGGAGUACAAUUUGUCCAGGAGAUAACUAGCCAUUUGCGAGAGAUGAGAAGAAUCAUGGCAGAUCAAAGGGAAAUGACAGUUUUAUGAGGUCAUGAUUGAUCACUAUGAAGUUUCUGUCAUCGUGAGCCAUUACUGCUACUGCACUAUGAUGGCCAACUUCAUGGUAGCAUGAUGCUCCAGCUCGGAGAUUUGGCAAAUGGGGUAGAGCAUCACCUAGAUGUGAUUUUGCACGACAUGGGAGCGCAGAACAUGCUCUUUUCAAACCAGCGAACAGGCUCAAAAUCCCUAGGCACUGGUGAUGUCUCGGAAUAGUUUACUACAGAGAAAUGGAUAUUCUUGUAUCAUCUGGAUGUGGUGGCUGUUACUUGUUAGGAGCUAGGUUGUCAGUGUAAUUAAAAUCUCCAGGCUUUGUUGACAUCAGUUCGGUUA